GGGAAGUAUGUUGUAGGUGAAAGUGUAUCGCGUGAACAAAAUCAGUUUCGCAAUUUCGUCUUUUUGCGAUAUGGUUUCCGUUACUCUUGAAAUUAUAUAAUAUAUAUCUAUAUAUAUUCUGUCCAUAUGUUGCAGAGCAUUUUAGAAUGCUAGCACAUAUGUUGGUUAUACAAGGGUAAGGUUAAUUUGACAAACUGUGAAACCAUCGCGUCCCACAAAUAAGCGUCAUGCGAACGAAUGAAGACACUGUGCUGAGAGGCCAGCGGGUCCUAUUGAUACCAUAUGAACCCCAUCAUGUACCCAGGUAUCAUGAAUGGAUGAAGUCAGAGGAGCUCCAGAAAUUGACAGCCUCGGAGCCUCUUACAUUAGAACAAGAAUACUAUAUGCAGCAGAGCUGGAGAGAGGAUGCUGACAAAUGCACUUUUAUUAUACUGGAUGCUAAACAAUUUGAUGAAGGGUGCUCUGAAACACAGUGCAUGGUGGGUGAUGUUAAUCUGUUUCUCACCAAGCCAGAAAAUGCAGAAAUAGCAGAAAUUGAAAUCAUGAUAGCAGAGCCUGUCUUCCGUGGUAGGGGACUUGGUGAAGAGUCUGUACGACUAAUGUUAAUUUAUGGUAUUACGAAGUUAGGCAUCUCCAUGUUUGAAGCCAAAAUUGGGCAUGAGAACAUGAGAAGUGUUCGGCUGUUCAACAAAUUGCAUUUUCAAGAGGUUUCUACAAGCGAUAUAUUCCAAGAGGUGACCCUUCAGUGGAAUGCCACAGAAGUGGAAAAACAAUGGUUAAUCAACACAAGCCCUAUGACAAUGACAACUUAUAAAGAAACCAAGUAAUACCACAGAAUCAGAGCUGGGACACUUUAGACAGGAAUCCUCAGAAAUUGUAUGAUUACAUAUAAAAGUCUUGUGAAAUCAUA